CCCCGGUGACGUCAGGCCGCGGUGAAGAUGGCGGCGGGCCCGGGCCGGUGUCGCCGCCCGCGCUGAGGCCGGAGCCGCCACCAUGAGCGGCUCUGCGGACGCCGCGAAGGAGAAGCUGCUGUGGAACGUGAAGAAGGAGGUAAAGCAGAUCAUGGAAGAAGCUGUGACACGGAAGUUUGUCCAUGAAGACAGCAGUCACAUCAUCGCCCUGUGUGGCGUGGUGGAGGCGUGUCUGCUGCACAUGCUGAGGCGCAGGGCCGCCGGCUUCCUGCGCUCCGACAAGGUGGCCGCGCUCUUCACCAAGGUGGGCAAGACCUGUCCCAUCGCUGGGGACGUGUGCAAGAAGGUGCAGGAGCUGCAGCAGCAGGUGGAGAGCAGGAAAAACCAGCCCAGUGGGCAGGAACCCCUCAAGAGACAGGGAUCAACCACGAGCAAGACUCCUGUCCUGACCCCUCAGGCCAUCAAACACAUCUGGGUCCGGACAGCCUUGAUUGAGAAGGUGCUCGACAGGAUCGUGCAGUACAUUGUUGACAACUGCAGUAAAUAUUAUGAGAAAGAAGCUUUACUCGCAGAUCCUGUUUGUGGCCCAAUACUGGCUUCUCUUCUGGUUGGUCCCUGUGCUCUGGAGUACACCAAGCUGAAGACAGCUGAUCACUACUGGACAGACCCUUCUGCCGACGAGCUGGUGCAGCGGCACCGCAUCCAGGGCGUGCACGGCCGCCAGGACUCGCCCUCCAAGCGCCCAGCCCUGGGAAUCCGGAAGCGCCAUUCCAGCGGGAGCACGUCCGAAGAUCCCUUUGCUGCCUCAGCCAGGGAGUACGUGGAGUCCCUGCACCAGAACUCCCGGACACACCUCCUGUACGGCAAGAACAACGUCCUGGUGCAGCCGAAAGAUGACCUGGAAGCAAUUCCUGGGUAUCUCUCCCUUCAUCAGUCAGCAGAUAAUUUGACAUUAAAAUGGACUCCAAACCAGUUGAUGAAUGGAACCCUUGGAGAUUCAGAGCUGGAGAAAAGUGUUUACUGGGACUACGCACUGAUAGUGCCACUGAGCCAGAUUGUCUGCAUCCACUGCCACCAGCAACCAGAAAGCAGAUGGACAUUAGUCUUGGUGAGCCAGGAUGGAACUCAGAAGCCUCCACUGCACUUCCCCCAAGGAGGGCACCUCCUCGCCUUCCUGUCCUGUCUGGAAAAUGGUCUCCUGCCUCGUGGUCAGCUGGAGCCACCACUGUGGUCCCAGCAGGGCAAGGGUAAGGUAUUUCCAAAGCUUCGAAAGCGGAACAGCAAUAAAUCCGUGGACAUGGAGGAGGGGCCAGCUGAGGACACGUCCACAGACUACGUGUUCAGAAUUAUCUAUCCCGGACACAAACACGACAACAUAACUAUUAACUACCACCACUUAGCUGCCAGCCGCUCUACCUCUGUUGACGAUGAUGAGGAGGAGGAAGAUAAGCUACACGCAAUGCUAUCAAUGAUCUGCUCUCGGAACCUCACAGCUCCUAAUAGGAUGAAAGACAGUGGUGAGAUGAUAGAGAUGCAAGGCUUUGGGGCAAACCUGCUCUCCUGGCAGCUGGAGCACUGCAGCCAGGGCUCCUCCUGUGUGUCCUGCUCCACAGGCAGCUCUCCCUACGACAUUCCCAGCUGCUGCAACUGCAUCCACGACCGAACUCCACUAAAGAUGUUGUGUGAAAGCAUGAAGAGGCAGAUCAUUUCCAGAGCCUUUUAUGGAUGGCUGGCCCACUGCCGGCACUUGUCGACGGUGCGGACCCACCUCUCGGCCCUGGUGAACCACAACAUCGUCCCCCCGGACCGGCCCUGCAGCGCCGCAGGGGGCCUCACCAAGGAGGUCUGGAGCAAGUACCAGAAGGACAAGAAGAACUACAAGGAACUGGAAUUACUGAGGAGAGUUUACUAUGGCGGGGUGCAGCACGAGAUUCGGAAGGAAGUGUGGCCGUUCUUGUUGGGUCACUACAAAUUCGGGAUGGCCAAGAAAGAGAUGGACCAGGUGGACGCAGACAUCGCUCUGCAGUACCAGAAGGUGAUGGCAGAGUGGAAGGCCUGCGAGGUCGUUGUGAAGCAGCGAGAGAAGGAGUCGCACUCGGCCACGCUGGCCAAGUUCUCGUCGGGCAGCAGCAUCGACAGCCACGUCCAGCGGCUCAUCCACAGGGACUCCACCAUCAGCAACGAUGUGUUCAUAUCUGUGGAUGAAACGGACUCAGUGGAGCAGGAGCCCAAAGGGCAGGACGAGCCCCCGUUCCCGGCGGUGCCGCCCGACACGCCCGCGCCCGUGGCCGUGGAGUUCGACUCCCCCGACUCAGGGCUCCCCUCCUCCAGGAACUACUCGGUGGCCUCGGGCAUCCUGUCCAGCAUUGACGACGGGCAGAGCGGCUCCUUCGAGGAAGGGGCUGAAGAAGAAGGCAGUGCUGAGGUGGGGAGGACUGACCCCGGCACACCACGGGUGCAGAGAGCCAAGGCAGUGGUGCUGCAGUCUCAAGACUCUGUCUCAGAGGAGCAGCUGUGUUCCCAGGUGGAUUAUUUAAUGGAUGUGGCUUCUGUCUGUGCUGCAUCCUACACAAUAGAGUUAUUGGACACUGUUGCCUUAAAUUUGCACAGAAUUGAUAAAGAUGUCCAGAGAUGUGACCGGAAUUACUGGUAUUUUACUGCCGAGAACCUGGAGAAGCUCCGAAAUGUCAUGUGCAGCUAUGUCUGGGAGCACCUAGAAGUUGGUUAUGUCCAAGGCAUGUGUGACCUCCUGGCUCCUUUGAUGGUUAUCCUUGACAAUGAUCAGCUGGCCUACAGCUGCUUCAGCCACCUGAUGAAGAGGAUGAGCCAGAACUUUCCCAAUGGAGGUGCUAUGGACACCCACUUUGCCAACAUGCGCUCCCUGAUCCAGAUUCUGGACUCAGAGCUUUUUGAACUGAUGCACCAAAAUGGAGAUUACACUCACUUUUACUUCUGCUAUCGCUGGUUCCUGCUUGACUUUAAAAGAGAAUUGUUGUACGAGGAUGUAUUUACAGUGUGGGAAGUUAUUUGGGCAGCAAAGCACAUCUCUUCAGAACAUUUUGUCCUUUUCAUUGCCUUAGCACUUGUGGAAGUUUAUCGAGAGAUUAUCCGUGAUAACAACAUGGACUUCACUGAUAUCAUCAAGUUUUUUAAUGAGAUGGCCGAGCACCACGAUGCUGCAGAGAUCCUGAGGAUAGCCAGAGACCUGGUCUACAAAGUGCAGACACUGAUUGAGAACAAGUGACCGUGGACAGACUGUUCCUGUGAGCCAUCAGAGGGAGCAUUCCUUGCACUGUAAUUCCAAAUGGUGUUUUAAUUGCAUCUUCCAUGUAAUGUAAUAAAUAGCGAGGAGAUUUGUAACAGACUUUUAAAACCAGAACUUUCCCUUCACCAGAUGAGGUUGGUGUUUGAUAGUCCUUGUUACACCCACUUUGUAUUUCUAGACAAAAUCUUUUUGCAUUCUCUGUUUCCCUCUCCACAAGACAUCUAUCUACAUCUCUGUGAUGUUAAGAGCGGGGAUCUGACAUUCUGGAACAUUUUUAUUUUGACUUACUGCACCUUUAAGGCCUGGAUGCACGUCUUGUGCUCUGCCAGGAGCUUCCAUGGAGGCAGGGCUGGAUCCAGUGUCACAGGUGUUGAAUUGGGUCCUGGGAGGAGCAUGGUCCUGGACUCACUGUCUUUGCCUUGAACGUGGAUGAGAAUGUGUCUGAGCUCAUGUUGCUAAAACAUUUGAGUUUGUACUGAAGUCGAUAAGAUUCCUAGCUGGGAGAAUGGCCUUAAACUAAGUAACAGUUCAUGGGAGCAGUGAUGAGCUCAUUAGCUAAAACACCAGUUUAGCCUUGGCUGACUGGCUCACACUGCUCAGUCUUCAUGGCCCACACAGCCCUGCCUUCAUUUUGCUUUGCAAACUGACCUUGCCCCCAUUUCCAGCUGCCAGGACCUGCCUCCUGUUGUUCAGGUGAGCAGGUUCAGCCCACAGACAGGUCCCUGCUCACCUUGGCAGCUCCUGCUCUGUGCUGUGCAGAGCCAUGGAUUCAGCUCCCAUGGUACAGAGCCUCCUCCAGAUCACUUACUGCACACUCCUCCUCCUCCUCUUCCUCCCUGCUCUGCAGAGCUUUCUGGGAGGAAUCUCCAUGGGAUUCUGUGAACACAGACCAGGUGCUGGUGUCCAUGAGCAGGAUGACCCUUGCCAGGUGAAGGGGCUCUGAUGCUGUGCCAGCCCUGUGCUGGGGUGGAGCUCCUGCUGUCUGUGUGCCCUGGAUGGUCUGUGCCCGUCCCUCCGGCCGGGCCUCGUGCCCAGGGAGCAGGUCCUGGCUCUGGGGCCUCCUCUUCAUCACACUGUACAAUUCACCUGUGCUCUGCCUGCCCUCCCCAGCUGCAUGUUGUUGCCAAGUGAAAGUGGAUCCUGGUCAGCCAGAGGGAGGGAGCAGGUUCUUGCUGCAGGUUCCAUGGAUGUAUGUGACCCUGCUCCCAGAACUUGGGACUUAGCUUAAGCACUUCAAGUAUUCCAAAGUGUUCCCCCCUUUGCCAUUAGAACCUUUGAAAAAAAAAAAUAACCACGACUUUGAAUCUGAAUUUUUGUGUUUCUGCUUUUUUGGUUUUUUUUUUUUUUUUUUUUUUUUUUUAUCCUUCAGAGCAGCCAGUUACACAGCUGUGUUUCCAUGAGCAACUCUGUGCUCUUCAUGGCACAGUUUGGGCUGGUCCCAGUCAAACCCCCUGCCAUGGGCAGGGACACCCUCUCCAGGCCAGGUUGCUCAGUUUACAUGACUUACACCUGCUCACAGGAGCUUUUAAAAAUCAGAUUUUAGCAAAAAGGGGGGGUAGGGAUUAAAAUUAUUUUUUGAUGAUUCAAAUAUCGAUGGGAAGGAUUUGCUCCAGUAACCCUGCUCUGGGGGCACCCUUGUGCUCUGCUGGACCUGAAAAUGGUCAAUAAUGGUCUGCAAAGGGAAAAACAGACCCCCAGUGCUGAGCUCAGGAGCCAAGGCCUCCCUUAAACUGGUCUUGCAGAAUUUGAGGGGAAGGUGAAGAACCCCCAGCCCAAGGCCCCCUCCCUGGUGUUGGCACGUGGCCAGGGCUCUGUGCCAGGCACUGCUGAGGCUGCAGGGCAGGAACCCCCCGGGCACCACCCCUGGCAGUCACAGCAGGAGAAGGUCCUGAGGGUCUGUGGUGGGGCUGAGCCCCCUGAGCUCCAGCUGUGCCCAACCACGGCCCCGACAACGCUUCAGGUGUCUGAAGGAUUCAGUCUGUUCACCUGAAAACUGAAAGAGUAUUUUUUAAGAGUGAGAAAACCUCCAACUCCCAGAGCCUGAGGAGUGAUGGAUGUACAGAUAAAACUGCACUAUUUUCCUUUGGUACGUUGGGAAUGUUCUGUACAGCUGUUUCACACAAACCCAGUCUGCAACUUCACUGUAUUUGUUACAACAUUCUGUUUGAUUGGAUUUUAUCAAUGUUGUGUAUUAUUUAUUUUUGUUGGGAGCAGACUAUUCUCUUUAUCGCUCAAUUAUUUAUGUUUAAAUGUAACAUAUGAAUAAAUACUUAUCAUCAAGGCA